GUACCAAUGAUUUUGGUAGGCAACAAAUGUGAUCUGGAAGAUGAACGCGUGGUGGGCAAAGAUCAGGGACAGAACUUAGCACGAUCGUUCAAUAGUGCCUUCUUGGAGACAUCGGCGAAAGCGAAAGUUAACGUCAGCGAGGUGAGUUUUAUGAAAUUUCGCUAA